AUGGGGAGGUGCUGUUUUUUUUUUUUAAUUCUCCGGUGCCAUAGCAAAUACUUUUCUCUCUAUCAUCCACCUUCUUUUUCACUCUUCCUCUUUCGUAUUUUCCAUUUUGCUACUCAAUUAUCUAUCUAUCUAUCUAUCUAUCUAUCUAUCAGGGAGCUUGACAUUUUUCAGUGGCCACAAGUUUUCUUUCUUUUUCCAUCUUUUAAGUCAUAUUUACUUUUUCUACGAUUUAUUAUACCUUGUAUCUCAAAGAGCAAAAUAAAUUACUUCUUUCCGGGCGCAUAUACGGCCAAUCUACAGGAUUCCUUUAAUCUAUCUAUCUAUCUAUCUAUCUAUCUAUCUAUCUAUCUAUGUCCAUAUGUGUUCUUCGAUAACACACUUUAUCAUCGCACAACUACCUUUCUUUCUUUCUUUCUUUCUUUCUUUCUUUCUUUCUGUCGUAUCAUAUUUUUUUUCUUUUCUUCACUUUUGCAUUGCUCCAAACAUUCUCCUCUUUCAAUGUACACUUCUCUCCUCUUAUCUUUCUCGAUUUGUUCGAAGACAUAUUUGUUAUGA